AUGUCAAAAAUUGAGAGUACUGCUGUUUGGCUCUAUCCGAUAUUUAGCCGGGGGGUUGGCCCCGUCGAGGAGUACAUACAGUUUCAUCAGGACCCCUACCUGCGUCGAUAUCCCCAACCCGACGGGCCGCACCUUGUAGUUUCCGAUCGGGCAGAAGACGACCAUUAUCCCAACAGGGAGCAAGCCGUCCAUGGAAAUAAGGAGGUGGAGCAGGCCUCGAGUCAGCUUUUGUGGCUCAUCCGGAGUCGACUUCGUCACCCUCAUCGCGUGAGCCUGGAUGCCGUGUUCCGGCAGUAUCUCAAGAUCCCCGAACCUAGGAUGCUUCACAUAUCGGCGCCCAUGCGGCAUUCCUUGCUUCGUGCUCUCGGAACGCCGGAUCGCAAAGACUCCAAGUCGAUGUUGAGCAGAUAUGUUCGGAGGAAGACUGAAGCUGAGGCAGAGACAACGCUGAGACUCUGGAGCGAGAUGGAACGACACGGUGGUAUCAAGGGCAACGAAGUCACAUUCAACAUCCUAUUCGACGUGGCAUCAAAAUCGGGCAAUUUUGCCCUCGCCGACAUGAUCUACAAAGAAAUGGACUCUCGGCAAAUCAAGUUCAACCGCUACCACCACGUUAGCUUGAUUCACUAUUUUGGCCUCAAGAUGGAUGGCGACGGCGUUCGGGCCGCUUACAGAGAGAUGGUAAACGCAGGCGAGACUGUGGAUACCGUGGUACUCAACUGCGUCAUAUCUGGGCUGUUAAAAGCCGGCGAGGAAUCGGCAGCCGAAGAGGUCCUCCAACUCCUUGGCAAGGCUGGCCUGCGGCGCAAACCCCGAAAGCUCGUGCGGCUAGCUCCGGAUCUGCAGACUUACCGCAUCUUUGUGAACCACUUCGCCUUGAAGAGUGGAGAUCUAGCCAAGGUGGCUCAGUACCUCGAUGAGAUGAAGUGGUUCCGCGUACCCCUACACAGCACCAUCUUCCUCGCCUUGUUCAAGGGCUUUGUCACCCACGGUGGCUUUGCGGGUGCUACAUGGAGCGACCAGCGCCUGCACAGCGUGUUUUCCGCUUUGCUCGACGCCUUGGACGAUCGAGCUAAUCACAUCCACGUCGAGGUAUGGCUUGCGAUGUGGAUACUCCGGGCGUUCAAGAAGUGCACCACUCUAGAUGAUACCAAGGAUGCCUACCCUCUUCUGCUAGAACGCAUGUCACUCACCAAAGCUCAGGAGGCAUUUAUGGAAGACUUUUGUGUGAUUUAUUGA